UUUUUGAUUUCCUUUAAAAAGGGUCGUGGGUUCUCUCGCCUCUUGCAAAACCGUCACACUCGGUUUCAGUUUUCCAAACCCACGCCCCGCCGAAAAUCUCUGCUGAGGGAAGUUGCAUUGUUUCUCUGUUUAAACAUACAGAAGUAGUACUUGAAGAGGAAAUGGCAGGUAGUGGAGAUCAAGUUGCUGCAUUGUUAUUUUGGGGAGGUCAAGUAAUAAAGAAUGGAUAUCUCGGCUCUGUUGAUUACUCUGAACCACCAAAAACGAUGUGUUUCUUGAGUGGAAGGGGCAACAGGUAUGAAGAACUGGUGGGGAAAGUGCACACUGCAAUGAACGGCGAUGACGGGGACACAAUGUUUGACUUGUUUGGAAAGUACCCGACCACCCUUCCUGGAGGGAAAGUCCUGUUUGUUUCUAUCCCUCUAACGGAUGAUCAAUCACUGGAGUGGUUUUUGAAUGUGGCUGCGCUUUCCCAGCCUGUUCAUGUGUACGCGGUUGCUGCGCCAAAGAGAAACGAUGAACCCGCGGACGACCUCCGCCAAGUUAAGAGGAAUCAGCAGCAGCUGAAUACCCCCACAGGUGCAUUGAUGGAUAUUGUUGGAGGCCAUGCUCGCAUCUAUAAAUGGACCAACAAACAUGUUCCAAUCCCCACAGCUCAUCACAACCGAAUCAAACAAAAACACAAGCAAAACUCCUCAAAGUAUGGUUAUGUUCCGUUAUAAGAGCAAGACUCCCCUGCCAUUAGACUCACAUCCAUUCGCAUAUCAACCUGCAGUAGCAAAAGAAGUAAUAGAUUUUUGUCAUGGAAGAAUACAAAUGUUGCAUGCAAGAUGAAAAUCAGAGCUGUUUAAGAUAUCAUUGGACAACUGGAUAAAGACCCUAAGACGAUCCUCAAAAAUGAGGUCUAAGAAGUUGAUUGAGCUCAUCGUGGGGAGACACGGGAUUAGUAAAUUUUAUCAUCAAAGUGUACACUUGCUAGCAAGUUUAGAUGUAUCUCUAAUUCAUAAAUCUGUGUUCUACAAGUGGAAUGUCAUUGCCUG